AUCUCUCCAUCUCUCCAUCUUUUCAUCUCUCCAUCUUUUCAUCUUUUCAUCUCCACUCUUCUCUUCAACUCAACACCUCCACGCGCGAGAGAACUGACCGGUUGCUGACAACCGAAAAUGGACGAUGAAACGCGAUGGAAACUGCACAUCGUGUACAGCGGCAGGGGAGAUGCCAUGUACAUCGAGUACCCGACCGGCGUCAACGAACAGUCCCUGAUGAUCAUGGACGGUGGACCGGCAACGUAUGGGCCUCGAAGUCAUGGCAAUACCUCGACUGCCCCGUACUGGAAAUACUUCUUCUCGGCUGGCAGACAGAUCUGGGAACAGGGGCUGAGGAAACCUCGGCCCUUUAAACCUAGCAAUGUCAUUGCCUCGCACGCCCAUGAAGACCACGUCGGCGGCAUUCUAGCAUUGAUCCAGGCCUGGAGAGACGGCGAUUCCGCCAUCGAUUUUGAUGGCGCCGUCUAUCUCCCGGCCCAGCAGACUUUUGGUGACUAUCAUAUAAAAAGGUUCAUCGACUUACUGACAAAUGAGCGAUGGAAUCAGAAAGACGAAAAGGACCCAGAGCCGCGCGCCUUUAAAAUCUACCAACCUCAGACCGGAGAGAUUGGCAAUUCAUUCAACAUUGAAUACCCGGGCACGGCGGGGUUGGCGGUGUUCUCUCGCAGGGCCAUCGCUGGCACUGUGAAAACGGUAGCCCAUUUCCAAACAGUGUCUGAGCUGACCGAUAACCUGAAUUAUAAGAGCAUCUUACUCAACACCCGCUUUGACACAGUCCAUAAUGCUAAUGGCGAAGGGGAAGCUCUCUUCACGGGCGACAGCUCCGGCUGGAUCAUCAAACAGCAAGUGGCUCGCAUCCGCAAUGAUGCCGGAGGGAAUAUUCCUCAUUACUCCGUCUACAAGAUCCAGCAUCAUGGAAGCGGCAUUGACUGCCGACUCGAUAAUAAGAAAGACCCGCUCCCCAACGUCCUCGUGAAGGAGACGGCAAUCCUGGCUUUCUUGGAGUAUGAGGAUCCCAACGGUACCACUACCAGCUACCGUGAGAAGUUUUUCGCCGGCAGACCCGUUGAAGACCAGUACCGCCCGCAGGGAUUGAGGCUGAUGCGUGGCAAAGCCUUGGAGCUGCUCCAAACGAGCGAGAUAGAUGAACUACAAGCCCUUACCACCAUUGACGAGGCGAGAAUCCUCUUCAGAGAUCGACACCGUUCCCACCAACUAAAUCGUCUUGGGUUGGACACAAAAGACCUGCCUCUGAUAGAUAUCCCAGAAAGUGUGAUCAAUAGUAUCUGGCUCAGCCUGAGGACGUAUGCCGCCGAGCAAAGAAAUCAUUGGAAAACUACAGGCAAUGAGGAUUUCUUUUUCGAAUCGAAGAAGGACAGGAAGUGGCUGGACUGGUUCGUCCAGUGGAUGUCGGAUCGGCAAGAUGUCGUCAAGGACACGAUGUGGUACAAAUACUGGCAGGCGUACUACGGAUGCGUCUCCAUUCGCGACUUUUUCAAGUCCUUUACGGCAGACACCUAUGUUGUCAGCGCCAACUACACUCAGCACGGGCAUCCAACUCCCAAUACCAUCUUUGGACUGGCCUGGGCUUUGCUUGAGCUUGACAGAACCGCCGAGCUCUUCUUAACCAGCGGCUACAGUCUUUAUGUCGAUGAGUUAAUUCGGCUGACCGAAGCAUAUUCCACGUCCCGGAAUCUAGCCUUUGACACCACCUUCAAGAAGCUGUUCUACCAUAGCUCUGACGAUGCCAACACCCCGGGUACCGGCGCUCUCACCAUCCGUUAUAUGAACGCCAAUAUCUACAUGAGCAUAAACCUCAAAGCGGGAGCUGUCAACCCGCCGACGGGAGCUCCAAACGGCCAGUCGCGUGGCCUGACCAACUUUACCACGGUCGACUUCCGGACCUUCGUCUCGGACUCGACUCUGGAGAGGCACAGCAAGCUGGAAACACAGAGCAGAGGGGUCCUCAAGCUCAAGCCAUUCGGCGACGAGAUCUGGCAAAUCUUCCGGACUCAACUUGCCCACAAAGAAUGGAUUCUACAACUGGAGAGGGUUGGGACCGCCUAUAGGCCGCUACCUGUGCGCAAGGACCAACUUCAAGAGGACCAAGCUCUAUCCGCCUUGCGUGUCCAGGAGGCUUGGGAAGUUUCCGGAGCUGGUGCUGGCCAUGUUCUACUGACGAAUGCUGCUGGGCAUACCUGCGCCGUCCGGUUCGUGACUGCAAAGGGAAAAGAAUGGAGGCUUCAGUGGCGGAGUCUCAAUCUUUGCAUCACUAAAAGCUGGGAUUUUGAAUGGCUCCCUGAUGAAGAAAUUGAAUUUCAGAAGAAAUCCCCCCUGGUUCUGUUCAAUGCUAGUGUCGCGGCCAACCCGGCGGUGCUUUACCAGCACCAAAAGCAACAACUAAUGGCGAUGAAUUCCAUUGCCAACAACUUCGAUGCACUAAUAUCGACACCGAGAAUUCGGAUGAUCUCAAAUACUGCGGGUGGCUCGCGAGCCCUUGUCAUGCCUUCGGUCAUCAUGUCCGAGGCUGAGCAGCAGCUGCCACUGGCCGAUAUCACGGCUUUCCUUGACAUUGCCAAGUCUCUGAACCAAUUUCUGCAGGACUCCGCUGCGAGUUCGGUCCUGAAGAUGACGACCAAGGAGGCUUUGGUGUCUCUCAUCAGCCAGCGCAAUCUGGACCGCCUCGGAUACCGGGCCAAGUAUCAACAGAGCGUUUUGGACUACCCAGUAGAUGUGGAGCAGUCCCUGGCUGCAUACACCGAUAGUAUCGUGGCCACCGAGGUCAGCGGCGCUCGGCUGGUCCUGUCCCCUCCCCAAGGGUCCAAGAUCGCCAUCGAUGGCGAGAAUCUUGACGUGACAAACUCAGAGCUCUGGCUGAGCUGGAAGGCCGAUGGCACGCUGGUGUCGGUGAUUUUCGUGCGCACCGCGGACGGCGAAAUCCUGCGGGCGCCGAAAUCAGCCAUGGCCGCCAAGGGCGACCCUCCCACACUGGCCAAGAUUCUCGUUGGCAUGGGCUUCAAAGACCAGCUUGAGCAAGGCCUGACACUGGCGUCGCUGCUGGCUAUCGUCUUCCGUGACGCUCAAAAGGCGGCCACGCUCCUCUCUUUCCGUAUCCCCGCCGUGUUUCUCACCGCCGGCCUGGACACUCUCGUACCAGAUCCGUACGCCUCGACGGGCAAGGCGCGGAUUGGCAUUACGGGGAAGACGGGACUAGACAUGGUGGAGAUUGUGUGUAAGCCGCCACCCGGCGAGACGAAGGAUUGGGAUCCCAUGCUCCAGCUUGGCUUGAUCGAGGCUCAGGUCCAAAACGUGAAGAUCAUCGUGACCGACGUCGGAACCAAGGUCGAGACCAUUACCGUCAAGGGCGAGGCCUCGCUGAAGAUGGGCGACUUCCACGCCACAGCAUCUAUAGAGGCCAGACUCCCUGCCACCGCAAACGAGGAGAUGGAAAUCACCCUCACGCUCGGCGGAGACACACCCUUGUCAGACGCCUGUAACCUUCUGCCGAACAAGCCGGACCUCUUCGCCAUGGACGUGCCUCUAUCCAAGGGGCCUAAAGCGCUGACACAAAAUGGCGAGCCGGACCUGUCUCCGGAGGACAAGAAGCAGACGACGACCCAGACGCUGCAGAAGCUUGGGAGCUUGAAGACGGAGCAGGUGGGUAUUACGCUGCGCCAACCAGUGAGGAGUGCCAACCACUACGUCGUCAAAGAAAUCUUCCUCGCGGCUAACCUCGACGGCUGGAAGGACUACCUGCCCGUCAAGUUCCCCAAAGAAUUGUUGGCCCCCGAGAUCAGGGUCAUGGUGGUUGACCCUGUGGGCGAGUUUCGUGCCGUGGCCGUGCAUAUCAAGACUGCACUCACGCUCAAGCUCCGCGACGGGGAUGAGACGAUGGAUAUUGAGUUCUCAGCUGCCCCCCUGGUUCUCGCUGGUGACUACGAGUACCGGGUGUGCGUGGCAGCGAGGAAAAAGGGGGUGUCCGUCUUUGAUGUGAUUGACAAAAUUGGCAUGGCCGUCGGGCAAGCCGACCUCCUGGCUGGCGUGCCGAUUCUCGAGCAGAUUCUGAAUUUAAUGUACAUCAAAAAGGUCUCGGUGGCAGUUAUCGCCGACAGUCAAAAGAAAGGCUUCGAAUUUGGUGACUGGAUGCUGCAAUUGGGCGUGCCGAAGCUGAUCCUCCUGCCGAACGGCAAGCUGGAACUGCAGGACGUGGAUGUGACCAUCAUGGAGAGCUACCGCGAGCUGAGUGCUGUCGUGACGGGAGUCGUCUAUUUCCCCGACGUGUCAGCCGGAGUCCGUCUCACCAUCCGCACGCCCAAGGAGAAUGUGCCUGGAAGCUUGGAAAUUGACUGCACGCGGCCGUUAGGCCUCAAGGAAGUAUACGGUGCGCUGGAGCUGCCGGACAUCAGCCAGAUUCCCGUCAUCCGCGAGAUGUUUGGCGUCAUGCUGGAUUCAGCCUACUUCACCAUCACGAACGCGAACACCGGCGACAAGCAGGGCUUCAGCAUUCUCACAGCACGGUGCAACUUCACCUAUGAGAAUCUGGAUCUGGGCAUCUUGAAGAUCAACUACCUGUGGGUGUCGAUUGGCUACUCGGCCGCUCAAAAGCUCGAUGAUGGUGAGGAUCAGCAUAAGCAUAGCUUUGCGCUGCAGGCGACGAUUGCCGAAGGGUCCCUGGGCUCCAUUUUUACCUACUCGACCGUUGACGACAAAAUCACAGCUCGCCUGCACUCGCUCAAGGACAUCUCUAUUGCUGCGACGGUGGAUCUCCUACUCUCGGAGAACUUCAGGCAGUAUAACAUCCUGCACUCUAUUCUGGGUGGGCUGGGUCUGGAUCAAGCCGAACUGCACAUGGGUCUAGGGAAGGGUCAUCCCAUCUCGUACUUUGUUCUGGAAGUGUCACAGAAGAAGAAUGCCGGUGGACAAGGUGGCGACACAGGCACUCUCACAUUCAGCAGCGGCAUGAUACUGCAAAGCCUGAAGGUCGAGUACCGCAACCCUGUCGACAAUAGUAAGCCAGAAGGUGGUGAUGUGGCAGACGAGAACCCUGCACUUCCUUCACCAGAGAAGGAAAAAGAUGGUUCAAACGGCGAUGAAAAACCGCAGGAACCUCAAACAGGCACUGCCGAUCAAAGCGCUGGCAAUGACGGCGAUGACAACACCGAUGAUGCUGUUGCUCCGACCCAGGAGCCAGAUACGCCUCCUGUAGAGCCAGGGCCUGCCACAACUCUGGAUAUCAAAGCCCGAGUCGAUUCUGGACUGACCCAAGCUGACGUCGAGAUCAACUGCAUGAGCCGUGACGGCGAGAAGACCGCGGCCAUCACGAUCACGCCGCAGGAAGGAGAUCGCGUGGUGCGUAGCAUCCUAGGUCUGCUCGGCUUCGGGGAUGAGGCGGAUUCAGUGAAGAAAGGGAUCCCGCAGGACGCGCCCGACUGCUUCGAUGUCGGGAUCACGCAUAUCGGCGGCCAGGUCGCUGUGGUGGAUGGCAAACUCGAGUUUAGGAGUUUCGAGUUCGUGGCACAGUCACCCCGGACUGGGGCAGGCUUGUCACCGUGGACAUAUACCGUGUUCAAUGGACCGCCUGAGAUCAAGCUUCUCGAGUUGGCACUGCUGGUCAAAUACCGAGCCAAGGGCAUCAGCAGCAGCAGCAGCAGCAAGAAGGAACAGGAUAAAGAACCAGAAGGUCUCAGUGGCACCCUGUCCGCCAUCUUUGAGGUGAACCAGGACGUACGGUUCGUUGUGGCAUACCUGCACAACAUCCCCGGGCUUGGUGGCAGCAGCGCCUUUGUGGGCAGCACGCUCGACACGAAGACGACACAGGUGAGCGAGCUGGCAACGCUAUUGGGUAUGGACGGAACGUACGCACUGCCCAAGACGAAGAAUGAGAACCAGAAUGAGGAAGGAUGGCGCGUCAAGCAGCUCUCAGCCGUCUUCAUCCCCAAGAAGUAUAUCGAGGUGACGGCGUCGGUCACGGCGCAGUGCAGCAACGCGAUUGGCGGUGUCGACCUCAGUCUCGAAGAGCUCAAGGCGCUGCUACGGAUCGAUUCACGCCCCGUUGAGGAGAUCUCUGAGAAGGAAGAGGGCCGUCCUCGUAGCAAACGCCUCGCAGCCAAGAAGAAGGCAUCGUCAGACAACAAGAAGCCGCAAGACAGCGCUGACGAAAAGCCCGCCACGUCGUACGAGAUGUGGCUGGCAGGCAAGCUACGGCUCAAGGGACUUGUCGCGGCCGAGGCGUGGCUGUACAUCAAGACUGACGAGGACACGGUGCUGACAGCCGUGGUCAAGAAGGAUGAAGUGGCGCCGUCAGUGAGCCUCGACCAGCUGGCGGAGACGGUCGCGACAUCUAAUGAACAACAAGACACUGUCGAGUCUUGGGAUAAGAUCGUGCCGAAGGGAUUUCAGCCGCUGGCUGUCGGCGAGACGGGAGUGUCACUGUAUGCCAACUUUACGCAGCCCAAGCUGAUCUUGGCUGCGCAAAUCGGUAGCCAGGCAUCGGCGCUGCUGUUAGUCAAGACGGAGGAAGAGAAGGACAAUAAGAAGAAGAACCUGUACAUGGUCAGUCUGGUGGCUAGCGACGUGGCCAGUCUGUGGGAGCCGCUGCGACAGACCGUCAGGGAGCAGUUCCCUAUCUUGAAUGUCGCCGCGCAUAUCCAGGGCUACAAGAGCACGGUCAAGGAUAUCAAGAAGGACCUGAUGUUGGUAUCGGCCGAUGCAGAUGGUCAGGAUCAGCAGCAGCAGCAGCAGCAUCAACAGGCCACAACGACCUCGGCGGGCGUGCUUGCUGUACUCCAGGGCUUGAAGGAGGAUACCGUGAUCCAGAGCGGCGCUUGGUUUUUGGCAUCUGUCGACCUAUCUCGAGACAAGAGCGGUGCCAUGAAGGACGUGUUGACGCUCGAUGUGUCGGACACGGCACGUACGGCGAGCACAGUGACGGUCUUCGCCCGUCUGGUGGAGGGCGCGACGCUCUACCAGAUUUCCGUGCAGAAUCUGACGCUGUUUGGCGGCGUUGUGACGAUCAACAAUGGCACUGGCACCUAUGAGCCCAAGCCGAAAGAUCCCUCCCUGACCCCGUACUUUGACGUCGAUGCAGACCUCUACCUGCGCCUUGACGAUACGCACACGCUGCAGUUCAUGGUUAAGCUCUCCUUGUUCGCACACAAGACCAGGUUUCAAGUACAGGGUGCGCAGACCGAACAAACCAUCGCCAACCCGCUGCCAGGUAUGUUUAAUGUCAGCCUGACUGCAGUGGGUGUCUCUGGCAGCUCUACAAAAGAUCCAAAGACCGGCACUGUGAAGCGCGAUUGGGUUCUUUCGGGGAGGGCGCGAUUCGGCAGCGCCGCAGACGCAAAGGAACCGACAGCGUCCCUGAUGUUUGCUGACGGCGUGCCGCGCGUCGCCGUGCUCAAGUACAGCACGGAGGCCGGCAAGAAGCUCAACAUGGCACGCAUCUUCGAUGAUGUGGUGGCGCCAAACCCUCCGCCGGCGGAAUCGUCGUCGGUGGCGACAUGGCCUGCCGAGGAGGUCGAUUUGCUCGAGUUUGACGGUGCGGUAUUUACUUACGCCUGCGCCGACGAAGGCAAGAAUGUCGUGAGCAUCGAAGACAUCGCCUACCCGGACGGGUUGAACCUGACGGCUCAACUCCAUGUCUUUGGCAAGCCUUUUGACAUCUCCGCGCUGUUCCCGCGCAACCGCUCCGGCGUCAAGCUGACGGGCACGUAUACGAACGUUGAGGGCAUCGACUUGGGUUUCGCGCGACUCAUACGGCCCAGCAUCGGCAUCGAUACCACGGCCACCACCGGAAGGAGUCUCGCAUUCACUACCGGCACAGACCUCGAGCUGUUUGGCGAGUCUGGAUUCCGUCUUGACCUGACGUACACGCCCGCCAAAGACCCCAAGGCGCGCUACUUUGAGGGCACCGCGUCAUACAAGCCCGCCAAGGAGCCGGCGAGUGACUCGCUCAUGGCCUCCAGCUUUGGACACUCGCUGACUGUUAGGUACUGUGACGGGCAUUGGAGCUUCAAUCACUGGAGCCUGGGGUUGGACUUGUCGGACGCGCUGAGCUUCCUGGAUGCGAUCGAGAAGGCGUCGUAUAAGGACAAUAAAUGUGGUGCAUUGGUCGACCUGCUGGCCAAAGGUGUCAAGGAGGUGGUCAAGACCAAGUUCAGCUUGGUGCUGGGAUUGCCCGAGAAUAAGGCCGAGGCACGACCGCAAGGCGAGUUCUGCUUUACGCUGACGUGGAAGUAUACCCUGAGCGUCGUGGGCAAGGCUAAUCUUGUCACGAUCGAGGGAGACCCCAAGGAGCCCAUGAAGGUCAAGGUGGCGCUGAAGGGGCCUUUUACCCUGGGCAAUCUCGUGGACAAGGUGUGGGAAACGCUGACUCGCGCCGACAACUGGGAGGAGUUGGGCCGCGCCAUCCUGCAGGACGCAGACAAACUGUCUGCUCUGAUGCUCUUGCUUGCCGCCGAGUACUUUGGCAAGGAGACGGUCAAGGGACUCUUGUGCCGCAAGGCCAAGUCGGAGAACGUUGAGAAACGCGGCCGCAAGCUGCACAAUGAGGAGAGAAAACAGUUGGAGGACAAGCUUGAGAAGGUCAAAGACGGGCUCAAAGAAGUAGGAGAGAUCAUUGAUAUCAGUGCCGCCGUCACCGGCGUCACCGCUAUUGGGUCUUUCAUUACUGCCUUUGGCCCCGAGAUCCUCGCGUUGCUGACUGCCAGAACGAUGGAAAGGUUACUGCUGGACUCGCUUGACGACGAGGACGAGAAGAGAAAGAUGGAAGCGAAGGUGAAGAAGCUGCAAGAUGAGCUGGCGGCUCUGCAAGCCAGACAGCAGCUUCUGGAAGACCAAAUCGCCGACGGGCUGAUGUUGACGAAGCCCCCAACGGCGAUCUUCCAGGCCGGCAACGACGAGGAGUCCACGAUCCUGGUGCGCUGGGGCGAUCACCCACCGCAGCCAUGGGGGAACGCGCUUGACCUCGAGAACUUUAGGGAGCCUGCCGUGCUUACCUGGGAUGUGCGCGCAGGUAUCGCCGAGAAGGAUCAUGUCGGUGCCGACUGGCCGAGCAUGGGCUGGGAAUUCCCCGGGUGCGACACUCAACAAGGCACCCUGCAGCUCGACGAGUUCUGCCACAGGCGCCGGGUCACUGUCUGGGUGCGAGCGCGCCUCGAGACGCAGGGCCGUGUCUUCUGGGCGCGCAACUGGGCCGUCGUCGACGCCGUGCACGACCCCUGGCUGCGCGCGCCGCUGGGCCUCACCCUGACUGUGCGCGGGGACGAUGUCGUCGUGGGCCUACCACCUGCCGAUGGUGUUGCCGCUGGUGACUUUUCGAUUGAGCUUGUUGGUUAUGCGGGAGAUUCAUCCACCACACAAGGCCCAGAGGUGGUGGUGUACCACCAACUCUUCUCGGCCCUGGACCCGGGGCCACAGGAGGUUCUGAUUGCCAUCAACGCCUUGCCUGCACAGACGGCAGGAUCGGCGACCUUCAACUUCCUCCGGGCACGCGCCCGGCAGGUGGCCCGGCAGGCGGCCUGGAAGCCCAAGCAGCACGAUUCGCCGGCGGCGGUGUCUACGGAAGGGCUGACGGUCCUCCCGGCCCUCGCAGGUCUGGUAGCGAGGAUGGAGGGCCGCGCUGUUCUCGCCCAAUGGUACGAAGCGAGUGGAUUCUCGCCAGCGCCCAACUUUGUCGUCACGGUCGAGCGGCUCUGGGACGGCGGAGUGGCGGCCACGGCUUCGGACCGGUCAACGCCCAAGUCGCGUCACUCGGUUCGCUUGUCCAUGGCAGCAGCGGACGUCCGCCAGGGGGAUCGCGUGCGAGUCUUGGUACGCACGAUUGCCACGCCCACGACGGUGCGUCUCGCCGCGCGUCAGGAGCUGACCAUCGCCUACCCUCCGACUCUCCGCAUCACGGCCGCCGACUACGAUGCAGCUCUCUCGGUGUUGUCUGUACGUGUUGCCAGCGACCAAGUGUUUGACCAUCCGCCGGCAUCUUUCAAGCUGACCCUGGUCGCGGGGACAACUUCGCCUGCCGUCUUCCUGGGCACGUUCUCGGCCCGCACUGUCUGGGAACGCACGGCGGUGAUCCGUGCCGAGGUGCCCGUCGCCAGUCUGCAGACGGAACCGGCUCGGUUGCGGAUCAGUCUCGGCGAUAACAAGGCCUCGGAGAGCGAAGGAUUCCCGCUGGUCCUCCCGCCCAAGAGCAGCAGCAGCAGCAGCAUGGCUUUGGGUACUACGCGCCUUACGCCUACGGAUGACGAGGGAAGCACAUGGUGCCUGACAUGGACGGACGCUGCCGGUCCCGAGGACGCCCUCAUGGUUGUCCGAGUCGAGGAUCCUGUGUCGCACGCGCUGCUGGCGGCGCCGCCGGCGGUGCCUGUCGCGCAGGGGAGUGUGCAGUUUGAUUGUCGCCUCGUGGCGGGCAGUACAGUCGGGGUGUUUCGUCUGAUCAAGUCUGGGGCCGUGACAGGGCCGCAUCUGCGCGAGGUGGUGGGCGUGAACGAGAGGCCUGUCUGACUAGGAGGGUAAAUUCAUUAUUCCUUAUUCCACAAUGACGUCAAUUCCUGAAUAAGAUCCCGGCUCUGACGCGUCAAGAUCCUUCAUCUCCACCUUUUCUCUGCAUGUCUAAUUAAGAUCCACAGUGACGCUGAUUGAGUGUAGAGUAGAGUGUAGAGUAUAGUAUAGUAUAGAUAGAUAGUAUAGAGGAUAGUAUAG